AUGCGAUCGUACAAGGACAUCGCUCUUCCUCUAACCUGCCUCUUUAAUAGCUUUCACAUCAACCAUGUCCCCAGAGUCCCCCAAGCCACUAUCUCUGACAACGGCAAGCAGUUCGAUAAUGCCAAAUUCAGAGAAUUCUGCGCUGGGCUUAACAUCAAGACCUGUUUCUCCUCCCCUGGCCAUUCCCAGGCUAACGGGCAGGUUGAAGUCACCAAUCGCUCAUUGUUAAAAAUAAUCAAGACCAAGCUGGAAGCCACCAAAGGACUCUGGGCAAACGAACUUCCAAAUGUGCUCUGGGCCUACCGUAUGAUAGCAAGAACUCCCACUGGUGAAACCCAUUUCCAGCUAACAUACAGCGCCGAAACGGUCAUCCCCGUGGAAAUCGGUUCUCCAACUCUUCAGAUGAUGCAUCCGAACAUAGACCCAUACAACGAGUUGCAACGAGCCGAGCUAGACUUGAUUGAAGAAUUAUGA